AACAAUGUAGAGUGCAGGACUAUCAUUUGUUGUGAAUUUAUCUAGACCUGCUUUGCCGUAUCUUAUCAGUAACCUACCUGUCCUACAGUUUGAGUCUUUUCUGCGAGUAGGGUGCAGCCUCAACUAUUGGUUGUCUUUUGUAUCAAUUAUUUAAGCAUAAAAUAAUUUUGACAUUGGUAUUAUACGUAAUUAUUAAAUAAGGACAGAUGUGAUUUGAUAUUAGUGUGGUGAUCCUUGGAUACAGUGCUUGAUUAAUAAACUUAUCUACCGAAAAAUUAAGCAUAUGAAAAUGGAUUGGUUACUAGUAUUCUUUUUGAUAGCCAUUGCAAAUGGUGCGCACGGGCAGGCCACAGCGCAAUCCAGCGUUGCUCCUGAAUUACGGGAAUGCUAUAUGGACCCAAACCUGGUUAACCGGAACAACCUACCACCUACCACAAUGCCAGUGCUUAUCGACAUCAUACGCAAGAUAGAAAACAAUCCUAAUAUCAACUUGGAUCUAAGAAUGCUUUCUACACAACUUCUCCACACCUUUCGACAAGAUGGCAUUGAGUUUCACCAACGUGGCACAAAUGCUCCUUCCUCAUCGAUAGUGUUGCCAUUUGCUCCUACAUUCCAUUCUUUCCACCGGCACCGACUGCUUCUGAGAAUUGUACCCAGCAAUCAACAAGUGCUUCCAAAUAAUACACUUCCAUCCAGUUUAAAGUGUGCACUCCAUAAUAUGAUUUCUACCACUGUCGAUGCUCGUGUGAGGGGCGACGAGAAUACAUGCGGAAGUUUAGCUCAAUACCGUGCGUUGAGGACUGUUCGGUCACCACGAUCACGGCGUUCUAUUGACGAUGAUGUAGAGAUCAUAGAUUUGAAACAACUUGGCGAACAUAGAAACGGCCAUAUGAUGCAAAAUGAUCCUGACAGUGACGUCGAAUAUGCAGGAUCGGUAUCUGAUCGGCAACUGUUAGGAGCCAGUGCUUGUCCAAUUUUGACCGGAGCAGUAAAUACUCAUUGGGGAGCAGUCUCCGCGGGAAAUCUCAUUGCUGGAAUAGCAGCUGGCACAGAAACGCAACAAGUGCCCAUUCUAGAACUCACCAAAGGAUCUGUGCUGAAUUAUCAAAAUGUCCAAUCCACUAUAACUACUGUUUUUCCUGCCACAUUGUCAGGUGACUUAGCUGAAGCAGUACUUGUUCAGGGUACGGCCGGAAGAACAUCAAUAACUGUUGGUAACGCUGGUAACUGGAACAGCUCGGCAGCUACCAGAUUUUACAUGUUGAGUGGACGAACUAAUGUAGAAAUGACGGAUCCUGAAAUUCGUGGAGCUCUGGAUGGAUUUUUCCUGGGUACCUCAUUGACAGAAACUCUAAGGACAUUUAGUUCAUUGAAGUUGUCACAGUUACUUGAUAUGUACUAUAAUCCAAUGAAUGGAGUAUUCAAUAGUAAUUUAAGAGCUUGUAAUCGGCGUGAACUCAGUCAGCAGUUAAUUGUGGUAUCUAAUUUAAUUGGUGAAACGAGAGCUUUUACUGCUGCUCUAGACACGGUAAUGCCCCUGGCAGGAACCUUGACGGGCGGUAUUGAAGGACUUGUAGACAGCGCUGUGUCAAACUUGCAAACAUAUAUAAAUAGUAACUUGAAUGACUUAAAUUGCGCCAUAUCUGAAACCGCUAGAGUGGUUACCAGACUGAGAACUAACAUAUACGUAGUUAUUGACGCAUCUUGGCAAUAUCAAACUAUAUAUCCUGCCAUUUCACACAUUGUCGAGUCUUUGGAAGUUGGACAUUUUGGUUCAAGUAUAACCAUCUUAAGUGCGUUUGAUGGAAGUGUUCUUAUAAAUCAGACUUUCUCUCCAGCGGACUUCCACGUCGAAUACACUCAGCAAAGGCACCUGACUUUCCCAACUGGUGUAAAUUUGCAAACCACUUUCGCAAAUGUACGUGCAAUGAUGCAGGAUCAAUUAAGAAAUGAAACCACCUUAAACUAUGUGGGUGGCAAUGCAACAGUUCUUUUAUUUUUACUGAAUGCUGGUAACAUUGAAAAUAACGCCAAUGUUGCUCAAGAGGCUCGUUUAACGGCAGAUUAUGUUCCAGAUCUAAGGGUGUUAUUUGCUACAUCUGCAGCUCAAACAGAGAAUCUUUCUAAUUUGGUUCGUGAACCUUUGACUGAUAUAACAACAGUUUCAUUAGCGGCGGGAGGCACUAAUGUGGGUACAGCACUAGGAGCAACGCUUGUUGGGAUUCAAAAUGUCGGGAGAAGAAUUAUAAAUCCUCUUUGCGGUUCUGCUUUUUCCGCGGGAUCUUCGGGUACCAGGCAGUUGACCCAAUAUGUAGAUCCUGGCUAUGUGAAUUACUACAGAAUAAGUCCCAAUUAUUUCUUCGGUAACAACGAUAAUACAAGAGUACGCGUUUCUCGUACUGGAGGUGGAGAAGGAAACUUGGUCAUCUGUCAUUCACGUUCGGUUUCAGCACCAAGACAAAACCAAACAUUAGCCAGUUUAGAAACUAAUGCAGUUACAUGUCAGAAUUUGGGCGCGACCGGCAAUGUUGAGAUCAAUCUCGCAGGCGCUUGUGGCGGUUUCAGCACGAUCUUAUCCUGUCCACCAUUGUUCUUCUCUGUUGAAGCUACCGCGCUAACAACUAAUCCGCCUGCAACUUGUACAGAUGCUGUCCAAUGUAGAUUCCCGUAUGAUGUAGCCUAUCAGAUCCAAGUUGAGGACCUACAAUGUUUCAGUAGCGGCACCAUCGCAGCAGCCAGCAUAAUGAUCCUUGUGCUCGGCAUCGUCACCAACAUUUUUAGGAAUUUCUAGUAGAAUAUUCUUUUAAGUGUGUAUUAUUUUUAUUACAUAGUUUUACAAAAGCCCCUGUAUGUCGAUAGAAAUUUAUUUAUUACUUUGUAGAAUGAACAAUUAUUUACUUAAUGCCCAACGAUUUUAAAAGAAAAGUGCAUUUGUUAAUUAGAUCGUACUGUUCUUAGAUUAAUGUAGACUUAAUUCUAGAAUUAAAUGUACCUAAUCUUUACAUAGCGUAAUAUUACAAAAACAAAAUAGGAAAAGAUUACUUAACCAUAC